GAGAGAGGGGGGGAGGGGCAGGCAAGGCAACCAGGCAGGCAGGCCGGCCGGCCGAGGCUCCGAGAUAGGGACACCGAGGCGGGCGGCCAAGGCCAGCGGGAGGAAGCCAGGGGGGAGAAGCGAACAAGACCGCGCGCCGCGCGGGCGGCCAUGUGGACGCCAUGCGCGGACGCGGCGUGGACGUCGUGACCUGCCGCCCGCCGCCCCCCAACCGCACCGCCAUGACCCCGCCGCCGAAAUGCGCCUCAAAACCCACCUCCGCGCCUCCCCACCUCCAGGUAGGGGGCAUGGCGGAGGAGGCGCCACCGCCGGCGCCGGCGCCGAAGCUGCUCUACAUUGCCGUCGCCGACGGCGGGGGCCGGCGGGCGUUCCGGUACACGCGCCCCGUGCUGCAGAGCACGCUGCAUCUCAUGGGAUGCAAGCCUCGCCAUGCCUUCAAGAUUAGCAAGAGAGUAUUCAACGUGAUGAAGAGUGAAUUCUUGGCUGCAUCAAAGUUAGAUGGGGUAACCAAACAAGAAAAUUAUCCUGCUCUUGGAGAUGGUACAGAUACUCAAAAAACUCUGGAGAGAAGUAGCAGCAGCAUACCAUUUGAAUUAUACAAGAACCAGACAACCGUUGUUAUUUCAAGGGAGCAGUUCGUAAGUGUUGUAUGCGAUGCCCUCUCUUUGUACAAGUAUGUAGGACCCAACCAGAAAGCUGACUUCCUUCUCGCUUGCAGAAUUAAAGAGAGAAAGGAAUCAGUGACAAUACUCUUGUGUGGAACAAGCGGAUGUGGCAAGUCCACUCUAUCAUCUUUGCUGGGUAGUAGAUUGGGUAUCACGACAGUAAUUUCUACUGAUUCCAUACGACAUAUGAUGAGAGGCUUUGCAGAUGAAAAACAAAACCCUCUUCUCUAUGCCUCAACCUACCAUGCAGGCGACUAUUUAGAUCCUAUUGCGGUUGCUCAGGCGAAGGCAAAGCGUAAGGCAAAUAAACCAACAAUUGUUUCUCAUCCUAGUAUCAGUGGAGGCAAAGAUGUCACUUCAGAUGGCAAAUCUCAUCAUGCAAACUCAGAGUUACCACCUAGAACUGAAUUGAUUGGCAACAAGAAAAUGGCAGUAGAAGGCUACAAGGCGCAAAGCGAGAUGGUGAUCGACAGCCUGGACAGAUUAAUUACAUCCUGGGAAGAGCAAAAAGAAUCUGUGAUUGUUGAAGGAGUCCAUCUAAGCCUUAAUUUUGUGAUGGGGCUAAUGAAGAAACAUCCUUCCAUAAUACCAUUUAUGAUAUAUAUUACAAAUGAGGAGAAACACAUGGAACGAUUUGCUGUACGUGCAAAGUACAUGACUCUAGACCCAGCAAAGAACAGAUAUAUCAAAUACAUCCGAAAUAUCAGAGCUAUCCAGGAAUACCUAUGCAACCGAGCUGACAAGCAUCUUGUGCCAAAGAUUAACAACACCAAUGUCGACCAGAGUGUGGCAGCUAUACAUGCCACAGUUUUCAGCUGUCUUCGCCGUCGAGAAGCUGGGGAGCAACUCUAUGACCUCAACACAAACACUGUUGCCAUGGUGGAUGAAGAAUACAGGAAUCAGCGUGCAGCGAACACCUUGGGUUCUAAGGGCAUGUUCCAGUUGAUCCAAAGGAAGGGGUCCUCAAGGAAUUUGAUGGCUCUCCUGAACACUGACGGUUCAGUCACCAAAGCUUGGCAUGUAGGUACAAGUGAUGGCAAUGGGAAUCUCAAUAAUAUUACAAACAACAAGAAGUCUGCUGAAAACACUAUAUUGGAUCCCUCACAAAUUGGGAAGGCGGAGGCAGUCAAUCUCCACUUUGGUCCUUUUGGGAUCAGUGCCUGGAUGAGUGACACAGGUGGAACCAGCCAUACUGGAAGUGUAGAAGACCUUAGGGUUGAUUGCAUGGAGAAUGGUGGUAGAAAUUUUUCAUCAUGCUGCAGUUCGCCGAAGAUGUCAGAUUCCACUUCUAAGGAGCUUAUGGAGGAGUACUCGGUCUAUGGCAGCGAAGAAGAAGAAGAAGCUGAUGACCCUCGCGAUGGUGAAACUGACGAAGAUCUAACCGAUGAAGAAAGAGACAACCACGAGAUAGACGCAGGCUCUGUGGACGAGCACUCUACCAAAUCAGAUGAGGAAUAUGAGGAUCUAGCCAUGCGGGAUGUGAUGGAGAAUGGUGACUGGUCCGAUGACGAGCAAGCGGUGAGCAGCACCAAGAACUCACUAGCCCCGGAGGGCAUCAUCCAUGGAAGAGGAACAGACGAAGAUGACGGCAUGGAAGGCCUAUACCACCACAACCUGGACCUGUUCCUAAAAAUGUCCAAGGAGGUAGCCGGCACCAGAAUGCCGUGCGCGUCAUAGCGCCACUGGCCCAGCUGGGUUGAGGGGAAAGCCAAAUACACCGUUCACCGGCGCACGGAUCACAGGCGGGUGACCUUCGAGCGGUGUGCUGUAGAGUGUAGACUAGUGGCCUGUAGCUUGGACCUGUCCAAAGUGCUCUCACCUGGCUGUAAAGAGAUAGGACCUGAUGCUUUGUCCAGGCAGCCAUGUUCAUAUAUGUAUCUUUGGGAAUAAUAUUCCGGGCAGCAGGCAUGUAUCCCUGGAAGAAAAUAACGUCCCGGCUGUUAAUAAAGUUCACCCCUUGGCCUAGAA